UAUAAUACCAUUUCUGUGGUAGACUCGUGUCAAAAACACUCACACAUUGAGUGUUGGUUUUAAUCACACAAUUAAACCACAAUUAAGUCGUGAAUCCAUUUAAACGUCAAUUUUAUCACAACAUAAACUCAUUAUGAGCGGGAAGUUCUUCGCGCAGGUGUCGGACUCGGAGAGCGAGUCCACGGAAUCGGAGGAGGAUUUGCAGGCAAAGCCGUCGGCCACCACAGCCGCCUAUUCGUUCAGCGAUGAGGAGGAAGAGGCGAAACGAGUGGUGCGAACGGCGCGCGAGAAGCGCUACGAAGAGCUGCAGACAAUCAUCAAACAGAUCCGUAACCACAAGAAGAUCAAAGACAUCGCGAAGAUGUUGACGGGCUUCGAGAGCCUGGCGGAGGCGUUUGAGAAGGCCCGGGGGGUGAUCGACAAGGAGGAGGGCGGCGCCACUCCUAAGUUCUACAUCAAGUGUUUGGUAGAGUUGGAGGACUUCGUGAACGAGGUUUGGGAGGACCGCAAGAAUCUGAACAAA